CCAGACACCAUGAAACCCGGCAGGAAAUCUCUUCCGAAGAAGAAUCGAGCAUCCAAUAUCACUGAAAAGAUGCCAACCACCUCGACAGAAGCUCAAUCCUCUUCUUCCAAAAAUCAGGAUCGUUGCCGCAGUUUUAGUCAAGAGCUUGGAGUCGAUGAUGAGCCAGAGGAGCAGCAGGCUCCAGUAGCUACUCCGAAACAGACAAAGAAAGCUCAGAAAACUGCGAAAACUACCGAAGAAGUCAAAAGUCCUAGAAAAAGCGCCAGAAAGUCGGAAUUGAAGAAGCCAGAGCCAGAAGAAAAAGCCAAGGAGCCCCGAAAAUCGGCAUCCAAGAGGAAAUCGUCGUCUUUGAUGAAUAAAGAUGAGCCGUCGACUUCCACUGAAGCUCCAUCUGCCGACGUUCCAGGGACAUCAGAAGCUUCGGAUGAAGCUUCAGAGAUUCAGGAGGCUCCAGAGAAUCCAAACAGCGCUCUAGCGAUCAAGAAACGAUUGAUGGGAGGAGGAGAGAGCUCAAAAAGUGCUCCGACGAAAAAUCCCCCAAAAGCUCGUAAAUCAAAUGUAAAAAAGCCGGAAAAAGAAGCAGAAGCCCUUGCUCCGCCAGAGCCUCCAGCUGAGCCACAGGAAGCUGCUGAAACACCUGCUCCAGAACCACUAGUUCCCGAGAAAAAGCCGAAAAUCGAAGAUGCCCCGACUACUUCAUCGCCGAAAAAGUCGACACCAACAUCAGCACCGCCGACGCGUGCCUCGGCUCGUGUCUCAAAACCGAAUCGACUCUAUGCUGACGGAUCAUUCAACACGGAAAUAUUGGGGAGAACUAGAAUUACGGAACAGAAUCCUGUUAAGGAGGCUCAAGCAAAAGAAUCCACUCCAGAACUCGCUGAUCUCCCCCUUCCGGCCGGUCGAAGAAAGUCGACCGCUGCUCCGAGAGCUCCUCCGGCUCCAAAACCAAUUCCAGUCAUCAAUGGAGUCCUGCGUGGCUACAUUCCGUCCGUUAAGGUUCCACUGGCAGAAUAUGAAGUUGAUGGUGAAAUUAUAAAUCUAAAUGAAGGUGUCAACGAGACAAUGGACACUAUUUUGGCCAAAGUUUGUGAGGAUGGUGUUGAAAAACACGAGGAUAUUGAUCCAAAAGUGGUGAAAGCUAAAAAGUUAGCGAAAAUCGAUUACACAAAACGUCUGAAGCUUCAAGUGAAGAAACUGGAUAUUCAGAUGAGGAUCAAAAUUCCCUCAACCCCAGAAGAGCUCGGAAAACGCAAGCGUCAGGCUCCAAAGACUGACGAUUUCUACUGGUCCGCACAGAGCCGUACGAAGCUUAAAGGCUCAAGUAAGGAGCGCGAAGAGACACCAGCGUUCGACGAGGAAUCUCCAAUUGGCGGCGACGAGAAACGCCAGCAAAAAGCCCGGGAAUCGAUAUCUCAUUUAUUCGAUGCUGAAAUGGAUGCAUCGAUCAAAGAAGCCAAGAAGUAUUCGGUUUCAUUCGAUAAAUACAUCAAGCCAAAGAUCACAGGAGCUCUGAAGCAUGCGAAGAUCAAGCUAAUGUCCAGGAAACGUCAAUCUGCCGAGCCGGAUGAUUUCUACUAUCAUGAGCUGCUGGUCGAUCAAGUUAGCCCGUCGAAUAGUAAUGUGGAGAAUGUAGAUGUAGAUGUAGAUAUUGAAGAAACUGAUGAUAAAGUAGAUCCAACAGAAUUCGAGAUUUCCGAAGAAGGGGUCAUCGGAAUUCGAGAUGAAGCCGUUGAUAUGGCAGAGCAGAUUGCUCUCGUCAUUCCACGGCCAACGAAGCAUGAUGGAAGCCCAAUGUCGAUGGAUGAAAUACAAAUGAGAGCUAUGGAACACGUUGAAUCCCGCACAAAAUGUCUUGAUGGAUCGUUGGAAAUUGUGCUCAAUCAACUGGGACAUGAAAUGGCUCCGCCGACACGUGGAGUUGAGGAGCAGGGAUGCCAGUGGCAUACUGUCACUAGUGCUAAUGCUCAAGCUCUCAAGAAUCUAUAUACUAUAGCCAAUAAUUGUACGGAGGAUGCGAUCACCUGGACUCAUCAGUUUAUGAUAGAGAAUCUAGAAGUGCAUAUGUUGGCAUCGUAUCUUAGUAUUUUGAAAUACGCCAAACGACUUAAUUCGUCUCGUUUUGGCUAUGUGAUCAGCAGCACGGAUCAAUUGGAUCCUGAAUGGACCCAAGUCACAUCUCUUCUGAAAUCAUUCGUCUACAAACGACACACCGAACCAGGCACUGAAGUACUCAACAAUACAAUCCCAUAUCAUCGAAUGACGGACACGGUUUUUCUGCUUGUCCCCCCGACGUUGACGUUCGGGGACCAUCAGCGAGCACCACCACGUCAUCACGCACGUAUCUUCCGUUGGCUCCAAUCGAUUGGUCAUCAAGACUCUGAGUUUAUCUCAUUCGAUGAGGACAUUGAUGCGACAUGUUCAGUGGCAGAGUACUUGUCUGAUGUGAUUGUUGAGAGGAUUUGCGAUAAAGUUCGACAAAAGAACAAGUAUCGACCGAACUGUAAUGUUGUGCUCGUCGGUUAUGGUGCAAGUACUUAUCUGAUUCAUCGGGCGGCGAAUCUUGUUGAAGGAAUCUCUGCGAUUAUCUCCAUUGGUUUUCCAGUUAUGACGUCACUUGGAAGACGAGGAACUGCCGACGACGAGAUUCUUCUCACCUACUGCCCGACACUCUUCAUCGUCGGUGCCGAAGGUCGUCGUUUCAACAAUGAAGCAAUUACUGAACUCCGAACUUCAAUGAUCUCUCCAUCUGGACUUGUAGUCGUUGGUCACUCGAAUGAUAUGAUUCUCGUUCCAACAUCAAUGCUUCUUCGUCUUGGAAUCAGUCAGACUGUUGUAUUUCGAAUGGUUUUGGAGAAAAUUCUCGAUUUUCUCAAUCUCGAGCCGGUUCGCCAACAAGAAUUUGCGGAUUUGGUGCCAAUCGAGCUGAAUAACGUCUUUGAUUUGGAUUCUGCUCUUUUGAAAAGUGAUAAAGCCCUGUCAGGCCUUGCAUUUGCCAGUAGCACACAUUCAGCUUCAUCCUCGGCUGCUCCAUCGCCAGUUGGAGCAUCCGGAAGAAGAGCAACCGUGACUGGAGCCGGUAGUGAGGAUAUUGCGAAGAGAAGAAAAGAAUCCAUCAUAUUAUCGCAACAAAUAGCUGCUCCUUCCAUCUCUGGUCCUCCUCCACCUGCACCAUCUCCGAGAACUGAAGAUCGUUUCCUGGCAUUCCAAAAUCUCGUUGCUUCAACUAUCACAACUGGAGAUGAUAUGCCCAGAAGAGCAUCUAUGGGAGCCAGUCCAAGAGUCAUUGAACGUGGAGAUUUCCGUGAUCAUCGUCCACCACCGCCGCCGCCGCUGCCGAUUCUCCAGAAUCCAGUAGCUACUCCAAUGUCACAGCAGCCGCCACUACCGUCCCCAGCACCACCACCACCAAGAGGCCCAGUGGAUCCUGCCUCGAUUUCGUUGAUUUAAUUUGAAUUAAAAUAUGUUCAUUUUCCCACACAGCCACAUUAAUUGAAAUCUCUUAUUACGGGGACGCGAAAUUCUGACAACAUAUUUGACGCGCAAAAUAUCUCGUAGCGAAAACUACAGUAAUCCUUUAAAUGACUACUGUAGCUCUGGUACCAAGGGUGUCGUAUUUCAAUUUAUCAAUGUUUUUGAAAGAAAAUUGAAAAAUUUUCGCAUUUUUAAAAACUGAAAACCAAAAUUUUUGAUUUUUUGAUUUUCCAAAAAUUCGAAAAAAAAGUUCUGAAAAUAACUAUAAAAUAUGAUUUUUAUAAAAACUCAUUUUGUUUAUAUUGAUGAGAAAAAACAUAAAUAUGGUUUCUAAAAAUAAGAAAAAUGACCAAAAUUUUUAGCUAAUUAAAAAAAUCGAUUUCUUUUUUUUUUUUUUGAAAUAUCGGAAAAUCAAAGAAUCAAAAAAUUUCGAUUUUUUUCGAAAAAUUAGCCUAAAAUUUUGGUAAUUUUUCAUCUUUUUAGAAGACAUAUUUAUGUUUUUUUCUCUCAUCAAUAUAAACAAAAAGAGUUUAAAAAAAAAUCAUAUUUUAUAGUUAUUUUCUGAACUUUUUAUUCGAAUUUUUGGAAAAUCAAAAAAUCGAAAAUUUUGGUUUUUCAGUUUUAAAAAUGGCGAAAAAUUUUUAAUUUUCCCUCAAAAUCAUCGAAAAAUCGAACAACGACACCCUUGACAUCAGAGCUACAGUAGUCAUUUAAAGAAUUCUGUAGUUUUCGCGACCAAAUAUUUUGCUCGUCAAAUAUGCUGCACAAUACGCAUUUUCUCAGAAAUUUUGCUGCUCCCCUGUUGUUGUAUGUUUUGCCACCAACCUCCUAAUUUUCAUACCUUGUUUCAUAUUUAUAUAUUUUUUAAACAUGUCCUUAAAACCCCGACAAAAUUAGCGAAUGAAAUUAAGCGAUUAGAAAAGUGAUCGAUCAAA